AUGGAGGCACCUCAUCCAUCGUCAAAUACGUCCCCCCCUCCACCUCCUGGGCCUCCCCCCAUGCGAGUCACCUCUAUCUCCGACUCCAAACUUGACGAGUACCUUGGGAGCUUCUUAAAAUCUCUGUUCAUCAUGCUUGAAAUGCUCGAGAAAGUUGGCGACAACAUUUCAGACAUGACUUGGAAAUGGAAGUACAAGUUCCUCCACCGCAAGAAAUCUCCUCUCGAUGAGCCACUUGAUCUUGAGAAAGAGUACAAGGAGGAGGAGCCCGGCGAGAUCAACCUCAAAGAUCCAUCUUUUGGUGCCGACACCUUCAUAUAUACCCUCUACGAGGGAAAGCGCUCGGAUCCUACGAGGAAUGAUUGGGACUGGCAAAACUUCCCACCCAAGCAAGUGUCCACCGCCAUUACCAAGACACGAGACUGUGCUGCCAUCAAAGUGUACAAGAUCAAAGACAUGCAGAAGGGCGCUAUCUCAGGCCGAUACCCUCUCAAGUACCACAGAGUCGAUGUCCAGAACCCUCUUCUUGUCAGUGCAAUCGAGCCUAUUCUGAAGAAGGAGGAGAACCUCCAUCUCGAUGUCUGUGAUGCCGCCUUGUUCAAAGAGCCCUUCCGCCCUCUGUGGUUCUGUCAAGAUGAGAUCCGAGUCUUGUAUCGCAACACCAAGCAGGGCGAUCCGCUCAAGGGAUACCUGCAACUGCUUCUCAGAGUUCUUGAUGAGAUCUUCCGCGAUCUCAAAAUCAAGCGACGAAAUUUGCUCGACAAAGGUCUUAUUGACUUCCGUACGGCCUGGACUUUAUUCCCCAAGGACUCUACAGUCUACAGCUAUGGAAUGAACUCCGAGUUCAUUGCCAAGGUGGAUGGUACCGAGUACGACACUAAUGAUGGUGUCAAGCAGCUCGUCCUGACAGCCAAAGUCAUGGCUUUCAACGGCGAGGAGUUCAUCUGGAGGAAGAAAACGCUGACGAUCAAUGAGUUCGCUGGAAACAAACCCAUCCGUGACCUUCGUCAUUACCCCUUCGAGAUGCAUCCAGAGAAAGAUGCCAUUGAACAGCGCUUGUUAUCUCGGGGUCACAAGGUUCUUGACCUACAGGGCUUGGCGUAUUGCUCAUACAACGGCAUUGCUCUGCACCCAGGAGAAUCUAGUGUUGAGAAGCACAACGUGGAGUGUCGUGUCCUAGUCGACGUGGUCGGGUUUAACAAAUACCAUCUUGCCCAAGGAAAGCGCGAGAACAAGGACCCAGAGAUUGAGGUGGUCGAUGUAUCAAACCGCCGCCGUAAACAGGAUAUCGCCGAAGCCAAACCUGAGGGCAAACAUCCCAAGACACAGCAGAAGAGACUCAAUGAAGAGGAUCAGGCCAAGAACAAGGAAGAGCUUCUUAAGAAGCCCAAGGAACUUGCAUUCAUGACCGAGCUCAUCGGUGGAUACGCCUUGAAGAACAAACUCUGGGUUUACUUCUACGUUGAAGAUCUUGAGCCGAUUGUCUGGAACGAUCAAGCGUACUCCCACCUUGUCUUUGACGAGCAGCAGAAGGAUUUGGUGCUGUCGUUCGUUGAGAAUCACAGUCUUACCAACGGCCCCAACACGGCUAUGGAAGAUGUAAUUGUCGGCAAGGGACAAGGUCUCAUCAUGCUUCUGUCCGGCCCUCCUGGGACAGGAAAGACCCUCAUGGCCGAAGCGAUUGCGGAUCGCUCCCACCGCCCUCUCUUCUACUUGCAGGCUGAGGAUCUCGGUAUUAAUGCUGCUGCUCUGGGUGCAAACAUCAAGCGAGUGUUUGAGAUGGCUACCGAGUGGAACGCUGUCAUCCUGCUUGACGAAGCGGACGUCUUCAUGGCAGAGCGUAACCCCAACGACAUUCAUCGCAAUGAACUUGUCAGCAUCUUUCUUCGCGAACUCGAGUACUAUCGCGGCAUCAUCUUCCUGACCACCAACCUGUAUCAUACCAUUGAUACUGCGUUCCGCAGCCGAGUCAGCUUACAUCUCCUCUUCAAGUCUCUCACCCGUGAGGCUCGCGAGACCGUUUGGCGCAAAUUCCUCCGACGUCUGUCUGACAGCAACCGAGUCACUGAUGUCACCGAUGAAUCUCCUGCUACGGGUUCCACCACGCCUAGAAACGGCGGCACAGACGACAAUGUUGGAGGAGAGAUCACCGCAGCCUGUGGGGACAAGCCGCUUGAUGACGAGGACAUCGCCGAGUUGUCACUCUGGCAACUCAAUGGACGAGAGAUCAAGACAGCUGUCAAGAUGGUCCGCAACUGGUGCGAUCACAAGGGGUAUAUCAUGACGCUGUCACGAUUGGAGAAUGGUAUCAAGGUGACAAGCCCCCAUUCCAACAAGGAUGGUGAUAUCGAUAAGGAUCUUUACGAGUGA